AUGAAGACUUCAGCAUCUUCCCGCCCAUCGCGCAGUCGUCGUACGCCGGCAAGCUUCUGUCAGACAGGCACGUUAUUUUUCGUUUUUAUUAUUUUGUGUUUUUAAAGCACCCUGCUUCAUACAGCAAAAAAUCCGGCGAGGAGCCCAGUUAAAGUCAGUAGGAUUUUUCGUAGAGUGCGUGUCUCACUCGGGGAUGGGAGAAGAAUACGACAUCCACGCUCCGCCUGUCUUGACUACAGCAGCGCCCGAAAAUGAGCUCCGUCACCGAGUUAGCCAAGGAGCAAAAAAAGAAGCUGCAACAGUUCCUUGCUGAUAUGGUGCUUUUGGGAUCAUUGCAGGGCUUUCGUUACUUUCAGCCUUGGUUGCGAGGAAGGGAGGAACUGUUGCUAACUAUAGUUAAUGAAGAUGUGACUUGGCAUUCUUCUGGUGUCCCUUGCACAGCUGCAUCGUCUGUGACAAGUAGCAGCAGCAGCAGCACUGAGGGUGGUCAACUGUUUUUGGGGGAACUGUCUGAUGAGGAGCAAGCCUUACUACUCUCAAACAGGAUUAGUGAAGGGUACCUUCUUCCUGCAUCUCCUAGUGAGCGGGAAAUAGCCAUUCCAGAAGUAAACUGUACACUUUUCCUUCUGGCUGGCUAUGCCAAAUAUGGCCAGCCCUAUGCCUGGAUAAGGUCUAAUCAUGAACGACUGGUGAAUAUUGGCUGCACUGAUUCAACGGUCAAAGACACACCUGUCAAGCUGAAGUCAAUUUCUGAAUGGAAAACACAAGGUGUACGAAUUUGGGAUAUGGUGUGGGAGCUGGUCACUCUCUGCACCACUCCACCCCCUAUUAAUCCUUUUGCUCUGGACAUGAGAUACAUUGAGUCCUUGCCACUUAGUGAGCGUUUUCUCGCCUCUGGAGCUCUGAUUUGCUUUUUAGAGAGGAUUGUCAUCCACGGUGCCCCAGAAGCUGCUUACUACAGCCGAAUUAUGGAAGACCUCGAGAGACUCCAUCUGUUUCACAGCCAAACACUUUGGGACAUUCAGCGUCUGAGGCCUCAGAUUCAUGAGUUCAGAAACGAAGAACAAGAGAUGCAAAAAAACUGAGGACAGCAGCAUCUAUGUUGCAAUUCUGUGAUAUUUUCUUAACCUGGAGAGACACAUCUGUGGCCUUCUUAGGCAACUACAAAUCAGGCAACUACAAACAGAGCAAGUUCUUGGUAGGGAUUUUUUUUAAUGUUUGCCUCCCCUUUUAUCCAAGGUGAUUUAGAAGGUCACAAUAGAGUACAAGUGUUCGCACAGAAAGUAAAGCCACUUGCUCAGGGUCACACAGUGAGGUAGAUAAAGACAGGGUAUGACCAACCCUUGUGGUUUAUGCUGUAGUUCAGUCUAUAAAUAUGUCAGCUCUAUUAUUCUUCGUCCAUAUUUGGCUGAAACCUUUUUAUCCAAGAUGAAAUUACAUUUAUCCAUGUGGAUUUAAAAGACAGCAAAGCAAAGAUAUGUCAAGUGGCUCAAGUAGUACCACACAGUGAAGAGAAGUGAAGAAUUGAAUCAACAACCUAAAGUCCUGUGCCUUACACAUUAUCCCAAGUGGGUGGCUUGUUCCAGUCUAGUUCUUUUAUAUACCCAUGAUCACCCAAACAAAUUGCUUUAUAAAACUGUGAGAACAUUUGUGUCAUAAGACAGGAGUGAAGCAAUUCACUGAGAAAGAUUAGGAAGUUAGAAAUACAGUAAAUGAUAACAACGUGAUAAUAAACAGCUAAUGUUAUUUUAGUCCAUUCUUUCACCUCAUUCGUAAGUGAAUUUUACUUCCUCUUGGCACCGGAACUGUUUGUAAGCUCAUCAUUGACUAGGGAUACGGAAACAUUUGAUUAAAGCAGUUCAUAAUUGAUAGUCAAUGCCAUUUUCUAUUGAAUGACAUUGAAUUUUAAGUAACUGGCAACGUGUAAUAGGUGGCAUGUUCAGUAAAGGAAAAUGUACAGGAAAGCAACAUCACAAGCUAAAAGAGUCUGCAGCUGGCUAAUGGAGUCCUACUUUAGUUGAGUAGUAGGGUGAGUUUAGUCCCAAUGUCCAGGAUGGGAUGUUGGUCUGGCACAUGACUGUAUCCUCACACACACUCACAUUCAACUGAUUCUAUCGUAGUUGAGCAGUACACCUACCAUGUAUCUACCCAUGAUUAGGAUUUUUUUUUUUCUUGGCUGUUAAAAUCUUGAAAACUUCUUUUUUGGGGGGGGAUGUUUGGUCAAGAAACUUCGUGGUCACAUUUCUUUUUAUGCCCAAUAUGCAAAUAAUUAUUACUGUCUCAAACCGUGACACCAUUUUGUUUCUUGUAUGGCCAUGUAAUGGCGAUGUUGUUAGGCAAUCUCAUUCACAGCAUAGUGAGUCGAGGGUUAACACGGAACAUUAAAAACAAAAAUUUAAAACAACGCACAUAGGUAAAAAUAUAACACAAUUCUCAUAAAAUAAGUCGCACAAUUACCAGUCAAUCAGAACAAACCAAGUACCUGAUAUAUACAUACAGCACCUAAAGGUCAGAAAAAAAAGGUGCUAAGCGAAACGCAAUACAUUAGCUUUUCUUUUAUUCAUAACGUGCUAAAUGGACAUUAAUUAAAAUGCAGUACGCUUUUGCAAUGCAUUUUAAACUGACGUGAAAACCGUGUGCCGUAGUGAAAAAUCAACCGAUCACUUGGUUGAUAUGUUUUUAAUCAUGACACCAUAAAAACACACCAGAAUGAAACAGCCAACUUCCAUACGUAUUGCAUUUCAGUGUCAUUAAUACGCUGGAUUGCAUUUAAUUUUGGUACGAAUAGCGUUCCAUACAUGCGAAGCACCGCACAUUAUUGUCAGCUUGACACAGCGUGUUAAUAAUGCUGGAAAAUCGGAGUGUUUGAGGCAAUAUGACAGGCAGCAAGUAAGCCCAAUUACUUUUGUUAGCUAACAACUACUUUGCUGUCACGUAGUCCUCCCAAAGUCGCGAACCAAUGUAGUGUUGUAAAGUUAAUGAAUGUAAGCUUUUCUCACCUACUCUAAAUAAAGCGGAUAUUUCCGUGCAUUGCUCUGCAUUCUCCUCCAACCCUGUUUUUUUCGCGUAAACUUUGCUUUCUUGGCACCACCCUUCUAGUUUCUUUUAACUCUAAAUCUCCAUUGUAAAAAAUGCACGGGGGAUUGUUAAAGAAAAGCUUAAGAAAACGGGUUGUUUAAUUUCACGCGUGCGGGGUUGUACCAUUUAGGGAGGGAUCGCCUCAUUUUUCACAGAAUAGAUACAGCGCAGCGGGAUUAAACCACUUUGUGUUUACUAGACGCGUGUUCAUUUAUUUAUGGGGAUUUUAAAGGGUGUGCACGGCAGCCCAGAAACGUCACUGGCCCAUCGGGAAAUCCCCUGAUGUUCCCGAAUGGUUAAAACUUGUGAGCUGAGAUUUUAAGUUGAGGUUCUCAUCAUAUGCUGGCUACUGGACAGUAAAUCUGAAACAUCAGCACCUGAUACGUCUACUGUUAUAAAACUGAAGCACAUCAGUGUGUGUCCUCAGCAGCGCUUGCCUUUUUUGUGCACGCUCCUAUCUGAAAUUUAUUUUUUUCAACAAUGCGUAGUAGCGCCAAAUUUUGUUCGACAACAGGCAUUUUACCUCCAGAACUGUAUUUUAGUCAAUAAAUAACAAAAACAGGAAAGUAGUUACCAAUUUAUUUGCUAAAUAUAUCCAUAAUAUCAAGUACAAUGUAAUUGUGCGCCAAUCUCAACUUUCAUUCACACUCCAUAAUAUAUUUAUUUCUGAAAAAAGUGUUUUUGGCCAAUGAAAUAAUUCCAGGAGAUGGCUGCAAUGUGUAGCUCACUUGAAAGUUUGCACAAUCGAACUAAAUGGAAACUGAACCAAAGUAACACAUUGUUCCUUAAUUCAGAACAAAGCAAACUAACUUCUUCUUCCUCUUCAUCUUUUCCCACUUCUGUGUGGGACUGAAGUGCCUGAUCAACUGUCUUCAUUCAGCCUGGUCCUGCACCUCUUCCCCAGUCAGACCAUUUUCCUUCAGAUGUUCUUUUACUUUAUCCAUCCACCUUUGCUUUGGGCUCCCUUGCUUUCUUUUACCCUGUACUUCCAUUCCCAUUGCUGUUUUGCCCCCAUAUUCAUUGUCUCUCCUCAUCACAUGUCCAUGCAACUUUAAACCACUUUCUUAUAUUUUCUUGGAUAUUUUUACCACAUUUGUUGUACUCUGUCUCAUUUCCUGUUCUGUACCGUUUUGUAACUCCACAUUUCCAUCUCAACAUUCUCAUUUCUGCCACAUAGAACCUCUUCUCCUGCUCUCCCUUUACUGUCCAUGUCUCACCUUCAUUCAUCAUUGCUGGUCUUAUGAUUCUGUGAAUGUCUUAAAAACCUCACCUUGAACCUUUGCCUUAAUUCUUCAAUUAUAUAAUACUGUACUCCUAAUGCCUUCUUCUAAAUGUUCAUUCCGCACUGUUGGGUUAUCUCUGCAUAAAGCUUUCCCUCUUGGGCUACCACUGAUCCUAGACAUUUAAAUGAAUCCCCUCACCUGCUCUCCCUGCAGGCUAUCUUCUGAAUCCUGAUUAUCUUUGACCCUCAUAUAUUUUGUCAUAGCAAACUAACUCUUGAGUGUGAAAACACCACCAAACCAGUCCUUUAUUUUUACCAUAACAAAGCAUUCUUAAACCAGCCAAUUGACUCUAUGGUUGUGUGGAAUAUGUAAUGAUGCUCAAGUUAGUUAAACUGAACAUGAGAAGAACCUGGCAAAUCUUCACAGGACAUAAACUGCAGGAUUUAAAGUGAGGUUUAUGAGGCUGUAGUCACUGAGCCACUUGCAAUCCUUGUAUGUUUUCUUUUACUUACUAAAAAGAAAAGAGGAAUAGUCAACAUUUAAUAUGCACGAAAAGAUAUUUUAUUUUUAAUUUUAUUGAUUUUAUUGAAAUCACACAACAUUCCAUACAAAACAAAUCAAUGCCCACCCUUGAGAAAGAGAGCAUGGGCAGCAGAAUAAAACUUAAACCUAGUAAAAAUAAGAAAAGAUAUUUUAGAUGUUGAGUCUACCAAUCCAUCCAUUUUUUCAACCUUCUUAUAUAGGGCUGGGGAGCCAGAAUGCUGGAGCCCUUCCCAGCAACCACUGGGCACAAGGCAGGAAUCACACCAAGACAGGACACCAACCGUGAUGAUAGACAAUUAAUGGAAUGCAUAACUAGUGGAGUAACUGCUACAUAGAACACCAGAAGCUUUCAUGAUGUCAUUUAGAAGUAAUUUCUUCUCCAAGUAUCACUGGUUAGACAGUGGGGUGACUCAAACUAAGCCAAAUAAAAAAAAAAUAAAAAGUUAUAAACAGGCACACAGCAAUAACUAGAAGUUUUAAAAAGAUGGCAGAGUAGCUAAAGAUAAAGUACAUCUCCAAGGUUUCCAGCAGAUCUAUUGCUAGGUUGUCUUCAUUGAAGCGUUUUUCAUUUUGGGCCUCCACAUUAACUCCAUACACUUCCAAUGGUUCAGUUCAUAGAGUGUUGACCAUUUUCAACAUGGGUUCAAAAUGGUAAGCUUUAAUUCACUUUGUCAAUAAUUUUAAGGAAUUAGGACCUCUUGUUUCUCUGUUCAAGACCCUUUCAGUUAUUGGAGUAGGCCAAAAAUGCCCCAACUUACUGUUUUCCAAAGAUUCUAAAGUUCUAUGUGUUUGAAAAUUCCCACAAUACAUUGGGCCCAGCCAUUAAUUAAGAAAAGAAUAGGUUGUUGCUGGAAGAAGUGUUGGUGAGGCAACCUUGUAGUUUGUGUGUGGACCCAAAUGUCCCAGUGCACUGUGCUAAAAUCGAUGCCGUCCUUUGGAUGAGACUUAAAACCGAGGUCCUGACUCUCUGUGAUUAUAAAAGAUCUCUGGGUAUAUUUCAAAAAGAGUAGGGUAUAUUCCCGAUGUGCUAGCUAAAUUGUCCACCACAGCCUGGUCAUUCUUACCCCAUAAUCAUCCCCAGUCCCUUUUUGGCUAACUCUCUUUCUCACUCCUUCACCACGUAAUUGCUAAUGUGUGGUGAGCCUAGUGGUGAAAAAAUGGCUGCCAUCCCAUCAUCCAGGUGGAUUCUGAACAUUGGUAGUGGUUGACCUGGCAUCCAUGUGAAGCAUUUGCAGUCAAUUGGAAAAGUGCUACAUAAAUGUAAUUAAUUUAAAUGAACUUAAUAGUGCACUCCUCUGACUGACACACUAUGUUGUAGUGGAUUAGGAACCAAACUGUUCCCAGAAAGCUGCAUGUUCAUUUGCCAUCGCAUGCUUACUGUGAGACCCUGAAUUUAGCCUCUCACCAUUCCUGUGCUCCAACUGUAGAAAGAACAAAUAUAAUAAUCGUUUCUUGUGAAGUAUGCUGGGAUGGUGUUAAUGGUGCUAUAUAAAAGUGGCCUUUUUUAACACACUGUAGAGUUUGAGCCCACACUCUUGUUGUUGAGUGGGUAUCAAACAGAUUUAACAAAGCAACCUCUGGUUUUGUUAGCCAUUCUUAUGUGUGGUAAUUUAUAGAGAGUACUGGAAGGAAAUGGAAGGCAGUAGACACAGUGCAGAAAACAGCACAAAGUUCUUGUGGGCAGAGUGGCAAAUGGUAGAGCUGGCUUUGAGAGUGAGGUAACUUGAUAUGACACUGCCAGUCUGAAAGGGAGAAGAAACUUUGUACAAUAGGAGGUGUGGACUGAGGUGGAAUAGGAAAGGAUCAACAAAAUUAUACUUGGAUAGGAAAUCUGACAAUGGAAUAUACAAAGGAUUAGGUUUUUAGUCCAGGGAGUCUACAAUGUUCCCACAAUUCUGUCCCAAGUUAUUUGUAUUGAACAUUGCUCAAACACUAGUGUGUACCCUGUGUUCCAAGACAUCGACCCUGGAACACAUACUGAGCAGUUGCUUUAAGGCUUUGUGUGAAGUUUUCCUCAAGUCCUUUGCGAAGACCUUUAGCAAGGGGAUAAGGGACAUUCGGAGGGUCAGUUGUCCAGUGAAGCUGAUUGCCUGUGUGAAAGAGGGAGAGCAGCUACAACAGAGGGGCCAGCACUGGCAGAGCAGCCUGCUUUCCUCUGCACGGAACUUGGUGUUACAGGUCGACCUGAAAUUUCCAGCGCAUUUCACAAAGAGUUCACUGAACUCAGACAUCACCACAAGACAUGUCAUCAUAAUGGAAUUGAAUCUUCUGUAGAAGAGUGGAUGGACACAAAAUACGCAGAGCAGGUAGACGAUUGCCGCAGGCAAGGAUGGAGGUAAAAGUAUAUGCUCAUCAAGGUUGGCUGAAGGGGCUAUGCAGGCCAGUCCCUCAGUAAGUGUGGAGCCCUGGGUAUGAUGGGAUGGGCUGAACACAAAGAAAGCCAUCAGAUCCAACACAGCAGAGAGAGCCUGUAGGUGGACACAAUCAAGGCAUGAUAAACCUCAGCAGGGUCACCUGGAUGAGGGUGUCUGAUGUUCAAAAGACCCACAAUGCCCCCCAAUUCUAUGCAGCAUUAGAGAUGAUGUGUCCAAGUUUGUACAUCAUUGGAUGUAUUCUCAAAAAGUGCAUCUACCAAUCGACUCAAAAACAAACUCUCAAGUCCCAUUUAAAGCCGACGUCUUCAGAGAAUUGACUUUUCACUUGUAAUUCUUUUUGCCGUGACCCAGUUUUAUUGUUGACCAGUUGUAUAAAUGUCCUUGUUAUUAAUUUCUGUAUUAAAGAUAGAAAGUCUUGAUUUUUGAAUGCAGCAGUAUCUGCAGGUCUUCGUGCCCAUGCCGAAUUUAUGAAGACCAUUUCUGUUCAUGAAGUCUUUUGGGGAUAGUCGUCUCUGACACAAACACAUCGGCCUCCUGAAGACUGCUUCUGAUCUAUCAGACUGGCAUUUGGGGCUUUUUCUUUACCAUAAUGAAGUUUCUUCUUUCAUCAGCAGUGGAGAUCUUCCUUGGCCUACCAGUCCUUUUGCAAUUACUGAGCCUUAUUCCUAAUGAUAUUUCAGACAGUUGUGUUACCGAUGUCUCUAAUGGUUUUAUUCUUGUUUUUCAGCCUCAUAAUGGCAUCUUUGAUUUUUAUUGUCACAGCUCUUGUCCUCAGGUUGAACAAUGACAACUACAGACUCCAAAGGGUAGAAGAAAGUCGAGGUAAAAUAUGAAGCAAUGUAAUCCACCCGAGGAAUCACAAACACCUAUGAUGCCAAAUGCCACACACAUUAUGGUACCCUGAAAUGGGGAGAGGUGGGGACUGUGUCUUAAAAGUGUUGCCGUUUCUAUAUGAUGUGCCCAAAAUGUAUGCAAAUACCCUUAAAGUCUGCAACAUGCACUUUAAUCACAUUUGAAUUAUUUGAUUUGUAAUUUUAAACUGUGCAGUAGAGGGGUAAAUGAAAGAAAUAUGUGUCUUUGUCCCAAACAUCACACAGUACCAAUAAAUCUCCUUUUCAAAGUUUCA